CUUAUUUUGUAGCAUUGCUCUCGCGAACGACUUUCACUUGCGGCUGGGCUGCCAAUAGCUUAGCGCUCUUGGGUAAUGAGAGACGCCCCGUUAUUUCUACAACCCGCCAAUGUUUACUCCCGGCGACUGCUCGUUUGCGUUCAAGGACGUUAUUGUUUGCUUUGCUGUUAGCUGGUUGUCUGUCAACGUGAAACGUUGCCCUUUAAGAGCCGAGUGACGCGAAGUUUUAUAUUUUCAUUCACAACGACUUUGUCGUCUGGCAUUGUGUUCGCUGCCCAGAGUUUCCUUGUUUAUUUCCACUGGUACUGACGUCUUUUGAAGUUGAGCAACGUAGUUAUCUGACGGGUUUUAUGCGCUUAAAUCAAAUAAACGAUCGAGUGGCAGGAUAAGACUCACGCUAAGUUUGCAACUGCGGAAUGCAUGUUUACUUGCCAGCCCCGUUAAACGGGACACAUCACGAUAGAAAAUGUUUUUGCCGCCUUGGUGUGUGGUCCACGUACGCUCAUUGGCUUGUUUCGCCAAACGUGAAAUCCGCUGUUAGCGUAAAAGUUUACGUGAGAUGUAGUCCAUAUUUACGAUAGUUCCGCAGCGCAGACCAGCGCCUCCUUUACUGACGUAAACAUUACGCGGCAAUGCCAUUCAUCGUCACUGAGCUCGUUGGACAGCAUUUAGGACCCAGCACUGAGGUGGGAGUCGCCAUGGUUCGCAGCCGCAAAUCCACCAAGCAGGUCAACAUAGGGCCGCUCCUUGUGCGAACGGCCAACGAGUCACCUGACCCGCUGCAAGCGGCAAUUGCCGAGCCAGCCGUGUACACCAGGGAUGACCUCAGGGUACGAGUGAGCUGCGUCCGUGCCACAGCAGCCCCCAAUGACCUUCGUGAGUGGGCCUUUGACCUGGUGUCGCGCAACAUGCGUGACCUCUACGAGGCCAGCCAGUGGGGCUGGAGCGAGAAUGCCAAGCGCAAGGAGCUGGGCCACCGAGACGCCUGGUACCUGGUGGCACGCCUAGAGGAGGACGACUCGCCGGUCGGGUUCAUCCACUUCCGUUUUGACAUGGAUGGUGGCAUGUCGGUGCUCUACUGCUACGAACUGCAACUGGAGUCGCAGGUACAGCGGCGGGGCCUGGGCUCACACCUGAUGCGCCAGCUGGACCAUCUGGCGGCCCACUUCCGCAUGUGCAAGACCGUGCUCACCGUCUUCAAGAACAACACGGGGGCGCUGGCCUUCUACCAGAAAGCCCUCGGCUAUCGCACCGACGAGACCAAUCCGUCGGGGGACGCAGCCGACUACGUCAUCCUCAGUCGCCGCACUGGGGUUCCCGCCAAGCGCUGACAGAUGUCGCAUGUCCAUCACGAUCAUCCUUGUGCGCCUAUCGGUUUUUACGGUGCAGGCUUCGGCUGGAGAGCACUUGGUUAGGACUGCUAGCCCUGUGCUAGAAGAUGCUCGGUUGUUAUGUGGACAAGAUCCUGCCUGUUGGAGAGCCCGAUCACCUGUCGCCCUAAAUCAUCACAACAUUCCUGCCAUUGUUCAAUGCAAUUACAUGAUACCUUCAUCAUCUUGCACCUUUUACACGGAGCUCAAGCACGGAAAAAGUGGCGGAGUGACCGUCUGGCUCAUUGAGACUUUCUCAUCAUUCGUUGUGUUUCCCAGUGAUUGUGCAUAAGUGCAACAAGUCGUGUCUUUACUGGCUGUACCAAUGCUCUGAAAGACGCAUCUUCCAGUUAUGGAUUUGAAGCAGGCUGUGACCCAAGCUGUCUGUGUACGACUCCUAUGCUCAUUGAGCUCACUGUAACUUCUCACUUCUGCAUGUGCACAUCACCGUUCAAAGAAAAGUGUGUGACAUUGUGCAUGUUUCAUGAGGAAGCACUUGGCUACAGCUGCAGUGGGUGUGGCCUGCUGGCUAAUGGAUUUUAUUGUGUCAUUAGCGGAAACUUCUGACUUUCACUAUUCAUUACAGCCAGCUUUCUUUGCGUGCGGCUCUCAAGUGUUGAUCUUUGAAGCCUGCGAGUUGCCCGUGAAGGCAAUCCUAAAGAUUCCAAAGCCCUUGCCUUUUAUAUAGGCCACUGCAACAGUGUGUACAGGUAAUGUCCAUUUUGCAUUGUACCUGUCCUGUCUGCACGUCCAGAGACGACUUUUCAGAAGAUUCCUACAGACAGGGUAAUAGUGGUAAUGAGGUCAGAAUUUUGCAGAUUCAAGGGAGUCCAUAUAUUGUUUGAAAAAUAUUGAUGAAAAGUGGUUUGAUGUCCCAGAGCAAUGCAGGGGGCUACGAAAGACGCUCUUGUGAAGGGCUCCAGGGUAAUAAGGGCUGUGUGAAACACUAGAAAUACAUUUCUGCACACUACUGGGCCGCCCUACACAAGGUGGCCAACCUCCUGCUUCUUGGCACCAUUGAGCUGACGGCAGGCUUUGCAAACGAGAAUGUAGUAGUAAAGAAGAGAUGGUGGUGAGGAUAGCGACACCAACUUGCGUGGUCCUGAAUUAUUUCCAGUCCUAGGGCUAUGUCUAACAUCAUGUGGGGCUCUAAAGAGAGAUUUGAUUUCAGCUGUAUUUGGAGGUAACCCUUUUACAGUUCCAGAGCAGUCACUCUCACCAUAUGAGGAGACGCUUGGUAAGCCAGAAAAGGUGCAAGAAAGGAAAGACUGGUGAUGCCUUGCAGAAACUCACCAUGACAUCAUGCAUUUUGACAGUAUCUGCUAGGAUGUAGCUAAUUGUUUGUUGGCAAAAAUACACUGCAUUCUGCCCUACAGUAGCGGGGGAUUAAAUGUGGCAAGUUUCAGAAACUUUUACUAGGCCAAUGCGGCCCAAAUACGAAGAAACGCUUUGCGAACCGUGGCAGCAUGCUGGCAUGACGGCGCUGGGAUUUUGGCACGAAAGUCAGACAGUAGAACUUUGGCCUUAAUUUUCUUUUCUAAUAACCAACCUGUUACAGCAAAAUUAACGAAAAUGCAGUUUUAAAAGAAUGCAUCAUUGUUUGUUUAAACUGAUUUAGGGUUUCUCUUUAGGUGUAAUCAAAGCAGGGUGCACACGAGUGCCUUUGCAUUCCACCCGCAACGUGGCCAUUGUGGCUAGGAAUUAAAACCACGAGCUUGUGGUCAGCAGCAAAAGCCAAACUCUCCAAGCCAUUGUGGCAGGUCAAAGAGAUAGUAGGUGCUUGGGUGUGCAAUAGGUACAUAGUAUGCGAAUGUACGAAUAGGACAGAAUAAGCUCUAGCUGCUCGUGCAGUAUUUGAUGUGUGCUGCCUCAAAGGUCUGCAAGGAUUCUAAUGGCCAGUCAACAGGGUCGUAAAACCUUAACACGAAGCAAUGAUUCUUCUCCUGAUGCUCGGCACGUUUGAAGUACUAAUUCAGCUUUGCAAUGUAGUGCUGGAUGCAUGAAUUAAUUGGUGAAUCUUAAUGGAACAGUGAUGCAAAGUGCUGUGGAUGGCUAUUUUGUGCAUGCUACUACACUUGCAGAUGACUUUUCCUUGCUAUGAAUGCAAAGAUAUGGGGCCAUAGCCGUGCAUGUAGUAAUGCACUACUCAUUUCACGUGAGCUUGGCAGUAGUUUUGGUUUCUUUGAAGUUACUACAGUUGACCGUGACUCUCGCACUUGACCCUUUAAAGACAGAAGACUAGCUGAACUCGUUAAGCACGUACCUGAAACAGCUUGUCCAGUGUUUUUUUUGUCGUUUUUUCAAGCAGGCCUGAAGAUGAUUUGAGCUCGUGUUGCUUUGCUAUUCUUCCAGAUAGCGUGUGUUUAUUUUGGGAUUGUUGUAAAUAACAUCAGAUUGCACAAGGAGCUGCGGAAGAGCGAAUCUAGGAGCUUAAACUCACUUGUGUGCAGUCGAGCCCACUUUUGUUACGGUGUAAAAAAAAAUUUUUUUUCCUACGAAACUUUAUCUUUCUGACAAAUGUUUUGCAUGGUCUUUCGUUACAUGAUCAUCAGAAUUCCUUGCGUGAAAAAUUGGGAGCAUAGACUCAAUUUGAGUGCAGUGAAGCUACCUUUGUUAGUGUAAAAAAUUGUUCGUCCUAGUAAAAUUCACCUUUGUGACAAAACAUUUUCGCGUGGAAGACCAUGCAAAACCAUGCGAUUUUGCUUUGUACGAUCCUAAGAAUCGUUAGCGUGCAGAAAGAAUUGAGUCUUUUUGGCAAGUUCUUUUCAUUUUCUUCACGAUUCUUCAACAGGGUUCGUUAACUUGAAAAAAUGAAAAA